GUUCCUGAAAACAAAAAAAUUAAAAGAUUAUUGAAGUGAGUCCUCAUCGGCUGCACUUUAUGAGUUAAUAAUAGAAAAUGACGUAAUCCUGGAAAAACCAGAAAAUGGUGGGCUAUAAAAAGACGGCGGGAAUUUUAAAGUAGUCAAAGAUGGACAAGUCAGUACUUGAGAUAGCACGUAGUGCUCUUUUGUCUUUAAUUAAAGACUAUGAAAGCCAACAUCGCUGUAAAGUAAGCGACACUGACAUGAACAGCAUAAUAGUAAGCUUGUCUGCAUCAUACAAUGAUUACAGAUUGAAACGUGGCAUCACUGAGAACCUGGACGAUCCAAGGUAUCAAGCAGCCUACUUGUUCACCUACUUCCCUGCUCUUUGCCAUGGCGUACAAAGUGGAAUUGAACUUCUUGAUGGUAGAAUGCGUCACAGUUUCGGUUCCAUUAUGUUGCAAAUCGCCGACAGAAGACAGAACAGCCUGAAUGUGUGUGCUAUUGGAGGUGGUCCUGGAACUGAUGUGCUUGGCCUACAUAUGUAUAUCCAGGAUUUUUUAAGAGAUGACGGAAUUUAUCAAGAUGUGUUUCUUAAUGCUACGGUUGUUGACAAACAUGCAGAAUGGAGAUCAGCUUGGGAGGCCGUUCAGAGGCAUCUGAAUCCUAUCGAUUCACAACAAAUCAUCAUGAAUUAUAUUGCUCAUGAUAUUACGAAUCAGAAUAUAUCAAGUCAGGUGUUAUCUAGUGUCAAGAAAGCGGAUAUUAUACUAAUGUUCAAGUUCGUAAGCGCCGUCAAAGGCCUACAAGGCUUCAAGUACAACCUCACCCGUCUGCUUCGUGAGGCGUCCUCAAAUACGUACAUAUUCUAUGGGGAUAAUCUCCAGGGCGGAAAUUCGGAAAUUUUUAAAGACAUCGCCUAUGACGCCGGAUAUGAAUACAUUGCCUCUGAUGAGGCAGAAAAGCUUAAAAUUCCAGAUAGAAGUGAUUAUCUCGUUGAUUUAGAGGAAACGUAUGAUAGAAGAUACCAGCAAAAUUUAAGCAUGUGCUUUAUCAUAAUGAAGAAGAACUAGCACAAUGUCGUAGCUUACUAUGAAGUAUCCCACUAUGAACCUAGAAUGAGGACAACAAUUGAUAUGAUCAUGGAUGAAAGAAACAUUGUUUUAUUGUUUCUUUCCUCCAUAUGAUUAAUUCUAAUUGAUAUUGGUGCCGAAUACGCUAAAUCAACUGUUUGAGAGUUAGUUACUAAAAUGGCCGUCCGGCCGUGAGUAUAGGGCCUACACUCACUGAUCAAUAGGCCUACACGUUGCUUUUUUAAAGACUCGUUUUACCGCAUUAUUUAGGCUGUCUAAGACAGAAAGAUCAACAUCAAACGUUCUAUUUGUUUGAGUUGCAACUCAUUUAACAAUUCCUUGAAGUGUUCGUCCUGUAGUGUCAGGGAUUCUGUUCAUAAUUCGACCGAAUUUAUACAGUCGAAACCAAAUUCGCUGGAUGAUACUCAAAAGCCGCCAAGCGUGAUUACAAUUUCUGUAGCUUCCUGGGAUUAUUACCACGCUGUGUUUAAUAAUGCACCCAGGAUGAGGACAUGAACUAUUAUUAUGAUUUAUUCAGUUCACAUUGGUGCCGAUUACAGCUAAAUAAAACAGUUUGAGAAACAAGUAGUAUGACAUGAGUUAAGGAUACUGACAACGGCCGUGAAUGUUCUCUCACUGAUGAAUUAUACCGUGUUGCAAUGGACUGACCACUGGACGAUCGGACAAUAUUUUUUACAUGCUAUACACGGAAAUUCAUACAGAGUAAGGCUAUACAAAGACCAUUAUGCUUAAAAAGGAAGCCACUAAAGACAACAGAGCUGUUUAGAUGUAUAAAUCGAUGAUCGUCGAGGAAGGCCUGGAUAACUCGGUUGAAGCCUGGUUGAGGUAAAUGCGCUAUACAAGUACACAGCCAUUACCAUGUUACAUCCGGUUUUUCAAACACCGCUCUAGCGGCUAUUUUACAUUUAAAAUUUUCUUACGGAUUGUACAAACUACUUAGGCCUACGCUCGAGAUUUUGUUGUACCAUAUAAAAUACUAGAGAUACUUAUUUGCGUAUAGGCUCCGUCAGUGAUUCGUUUACACUAGGCCUAUAUGAGCACAGUUCGGCAAUUGUCUCCAUUUCAUUUGUGCACGAUAUAGUAUAAAUUAGUUUUUGAAUAAAAAUAUUAUCACCAACAAAAUUCCAUAGCGUGUCUAACUGGUGCUCCUCCUUUAUGGGAUUACAUAAAAGGUUCACUACUAGUUUAUUAUACCAUGUAGGAAAUGUAUUAAAUUCCUCAAUGAUUAUAUUAACACGAUUGAUUGUAAUAUAGGACAUACGGUACCGAUUACAGGCCGCAUAUACUUUGUGACUUUUCCCGCGGCCACAUCCAACAAUUGCCGCUCCAGACCAAGCACUCAGUAGGACGGUAAUUAAAAUAUUCAAUAUACAGGAGUUUGUCCUGCGGUCUGUAUACUGCAGCAUGUAAAUAAGGCAAGGAAAAAUGUUGCCCGUGUGCAGAACUGGCUGAUUAGCCCUCGUGAACCGCCCACAAUUUGUCGCGGUCACCGCGUUGUAAAACGCACCGUGCCUGUCAUCUGUACUCUGUAGUUUCUGUUAAUUUCGUUGUGAAUUUAGUGAAUUUCAAUUUUGUUACAUUGUAAUUUCAAAAAGACAAAUAUAUUUGAUUUCAAUUCUGAUCAAA